ACGCGUGUCAGGGGUUUCACACGUUAUGCUCGGCUUCUAGGCACCCACUUCUUCUGUACCUUAGACACUCUUCCCGGGCCAUCCUUCGUGUGAAGGAGGCCUCUCCCUUUGGAGGAGAAAGGGAAGGGAGUGUCACUCACGUGUGCAGCGCACGUUGGAAGGGGGCGCCUGCGGGAAGGCGUGUCAGGUGCGUGUUUAGGGCGCAGCUCCUGCUAGGGUGGAAAUUGGAUUCGGCCAAAGCCCGUCGGAGGAGGCGGACGCCAACCAUGCCCAGCUGGUGAAAACCCAACCCGUAUCUUCGAACGCAAUGUCCCUGCUGUUCACCCGCUCCAACUCCAUCGUUACCACCAAGAAGGACAAGAGACACAUGGCGGAAGUCAACGCCUCCCCCCUCAAGCAUUUCGUCACUGCCAAGAAGAAGAUCAACGGCAUCUUUGAGCAGCUGGCCGCCUACAUCCAGGAGAGCUCGGCCUUCUUGGAGGAAACGCACAAGAAUGUGGAUCUGGACCCGGUCACCACGGAGGAGCAGCUCCUGGAGGUCAAAGGGUACCUCUCCAAAGUCCAUGGGAUCAGCGAGGUGCUGGCCCGGCGGCAUAUGAAGGUGGCCUUUUUCGGGCGGACAAGCAACGGGAAAAGCACGGUGAUCAACGCCAUGCUGUGGGACAAAGUCCUUCCUUCCGGCAUCGGCCACACCACCAACUGCUUCCUGCGCGUUGAAGGGACCGAGGGCCACGAUGCCUUCUUGCUGACUGAAGGGUCGGAGGAGAAGAAGAGCAUCAAAACGGUCAACCAGCUGGCUCACGCCCUCCACCAGGAUGAACUCCUUACAGCUGGGGGGCUUGUCAGCGUCAUGUGGCCCAACUCGAAAUGCCCCCUCCUCAAAGACGACUUGGUUUUGAUGGACAGCCCCGGCAUUGAUGUGACCACUGAACUGGACAGCUGGAUUGAUAAAUACUGCCUGGACGCAGACGUGUUUGUCCUGGUGGCCAACUCGGAAUCCACGCUGAUGCAGACGGAGAAGCAGUUUUUCCACAAAGUGAACGCCCGCCUCUCACGGCCGAAUAUCUUUAUUUUAAAUAACCGUUGGGACGCUUCGGCCUCCGAACCAGAAUAUAUGGAAGAGGUGCGUCGGCAACACAUGGAACGGUGCACCAGCUUCCUGGUGGACGAGCUGGGAGUGGUGGAUCGGGCCCAGGCCAGCGACCGCAUUUUCUUUGUCUCGGCUAAGGAGGUCUUAAGCGCCAGGAUCCAGAAAGCUCAGGGGAUGCCUGAAGGAGGGGGGGCGCUGGCCGAAGGUUUCCAAGUCCGGAUGUUCGAGUUCCAGAACUUUGAGAGGCGUUUCGAGGAAUGCAUCUCGCAGUCAGCGGUGAAGACGAAAUUUGAGCAGCACACGGUGAGGGCCAAGCAGAUUGCAGAGGAAGUCCGCCAUAUCAUGGACUCGGUCCACGUGGCCGCCCAAGAGCAAAGAGUUUACUGCCUGGAGAUGCGAGAAGAUCGCCAGGAGCGUCUGGGGUUCAUUGACAAGCAGCUAGACCUCCUGACCCACAAUUACAAGCAGAAGAUUAAGGAACUGACGGAGGAGGUGGAGAGGCAGGUGUCGAACGCCAUGGCCGAGGAGAUCAGGCGACUCUCCGUGUUGGUGGACGAGUUCCAGCUGGAUUUUCACCCGUCUCCCGUGGUCAUAAAAGUUUAUAAGAACGAGCUGCACCGGCACAUCGAGGAAGGCCUGGGCCGGAAUAUGUCGGAUCGCUGCUCCAGCGCCAUCACGGCCUCCUUGCACGCGAUGCAGCAAGAGAUGAUUGAUGGUUUAAAGCCCCUCCUCCCGACCUCCUUGAGGGGCCAGAUCGACAUGCUGGUCCCUCGGCAGUGCUUCACCCUGAGCUACGACCUCAACUGUGACAAGUUAUGCGCCGACUUCCAGGAGGACAUCGAGUUCCACUUCUCCCUCGGGUGGACCAUGCUCGUGAACCGGUUCCUGGGGCCGAAAAACUCCCGGCGGGCCUUGAUGGGCUAUAACGACCAGGUCCAGCGCCCCUUGCCGCUCACCCCGGCCAACCCGAGCCUGCCUCCGUUGCCUCAGGGGUCGCUGACCCAGGAAGAGCUCAUGGUCUCCAUGGUGACCGGUCUGGCCUCUCUCACUUCCAGGACUUCUAUGGGCAUCCUCGUCGUGGGAGGAGUGGUCUGGAAGGCUGUGGGCUGGCGACUGAUCGCUCUCUCAUUCGGCCUCUAUGGACUCCUUUACGUCUAUGAGCGCCUCACCUGGACAACUAGAGCCAAGGAGAGGACGUUCAAGCGCCAGUUUGUAGACUAUGCCGGGGAGAAGCUCCAGCUGAUUGUAAGCUACACAGGCUCCAACUGCAGCCACCAAGUUCAACAGGAGCUUGCUGGAACCUUUGCUCAGCUCUGCCAGCAGGUCGACGUGACCAGAGAAGAUCUCAAGAAGGAGAUCAACAUCCUGAAUCAAAAGAUUGAGAUCUUGGACUCGCUGCAGAGCAAAGCCAAGCUUUUGAGAAAUAAAGCCGGGUGGUUAGACAGCGAGUUGAACAUGUUCACACACCAGUACUUACAGCAGAGCAGAUAAAGUCACCGAAAAGGCGCCCGUCGCUUACUCACCCACUCGUAAAAAUAAGAAAGCUUCAGUGGGGCCCACGUGGACACACAACCCCCUGCUCGUUUCUCUUUUUGCUACCAGGCAGAGAGAAUCCAUGCCAUGGCCCCCCCUCUGCAUGUUUUCCCUUCAUCGGUCCUUAAAUAUCCUUUAUUUUGGGACACACACACAACCCUUGUUCUGGAAUCGUCCUUCCAGUCAUAAUAAUUGGAGAAACCCCUGUGAUUGAUUGUACACGGGCAGAACUCCGUUUGCUGGUCUUCGUUAAUUAAGAAUGAAAUGUUAAGACAGAGAUCUGUCCUCGAUUCAUCUCCCUUUUCGUUGGGCCUGGGUUCAAGAUCAGCCUCCUUCCCAGAUGCUGUCUCAGUGGAUGAAUGUCUUAUCGGUUCUUCAAGGAAGUCAGAAAGACGGCUUAAGUUAAGAAGGUUUCUGAAUGUUUUCCUUUUCACUUUUAAGUGUGUUACGCAGUUGAGGAGCAAAGUGGUUUGGGAAAGGACUACAAGUCCCAGCAUGGGAUAUGUAAGCUGUGGAGGGAUACGGGGGGGUUGUAGUCUGGGAGGUAAAGCCCAUCAUCCACCACAUCCUGGCCUGACUUUUGGAGACUUGACAAAAGCAUCCAGGUGGGAUUGAAGUGUGAGCUAGGAUGUGUGGCAGCUGGGCUUUUUAGUACCUUAGUAGAUGGGGGGGGGAGCAGAGGGCUUGGAUUGGGUAUUUUUCAUGCAGAUCGUCCAGAAGUUGAGCCUCUUUGGAGUUCAUACGGAAUAAGAUGGAUUAAUGUCCCGUCUUUGCUGCUUUGUCGUUCUCUUUUCCUCUUGAGAGGGAUAGGUUUUGCUUUUUAAUUCUCAGUCCAUCCUUCAUGCCGCUGGUCCUCAUGGAGGCCGCAGAAAUACCCCAAGCAAAGGCUGAUGGGAAUGGUAGUCUUAGCAACAUCUGGAGGGCCGCGUAGUCUCCCUCCCGGUCUACGGGCACCCUGCACCACGUUACCAGCGCAAGUAAAGCGUCCUACAGAGCAAGGAAGCCAAAGGUUCAGAUCUAUGACCUCAAACUUCCAAAAGCAUAAUGGGAAUUGUAGUUCAGAUGGUUCUCACCCAUCUCUUCUGCAUAGUGUUUGAGCAUUUAUCUCUUCUCUGGAGAAACAUAAUCUCUGUAGCAGUUUAGGAACACAAGUGUCCCCAGGGCGGGGGUGGUGGGAAUCCCAUCAAAGAGAGGCCAUUUUCUUUGUCAGCGUCAGAAAUUAUUCGUUCCCCUUUUCCAUGAACAAAUUUCUCAUCUCUGUCCCUAAAAAUGUACUUUUUUUUCUCUCCACCUGGAAUGGAUCUUUUUCACCUUCCAGCCAAUGCGAGACACAGGCUCGUUUCUUGACUUUGACAAUGAAUUCUGCCAUGAGCGACAAAAAGCUUGAUAUUAAAAAUUAAAUUAAAAAUUAAAUUAAUUUUUAAGAUUUAGCCAAAUGCACUUUAUUAUUAUUUUUUAAAAUUGCUGCUGAGUCGACUACGUAAUCCACAUAAAUGCAUUAUUUUCUUUUCUUUUUCAUGGGUUUAAGGGGCUCUUCAGAAUCCUUCCAAGCGUGCAUUUUCUAUCUGCUGUAUUUACGGUGGUAGAUUUCCCCCCCGAAUAUUUUGGCAUGAAAUAUUCUUCUUUGCUGUAUCAAUGCUGUUUAGAUGGAAAAGUGGAAUAAAAAAAGGAACUUGAGCUGGAUAAAAAAGCGUCUUGAGGUUUCUU